AUGACUGAUACUAAAAUGAUUUAAUUAGAGUUAUAAACCCCUCCUCAUAUUCUCAGUAGUUAAGAUCACAAGGAAACACAAAAUUUAUUUGAAUAUCAGUACGAUAAUGUUGAGAGUAAGGGAAAUUACGCAUAGAAAUAUCAAUCUAAAAAUAGGAAAAUCACUUCAAAUAGACCGGAUUUCAUGUUGCCUGAUAAUGGUAUUCAAACAUCUAAAUACACUUUGUUGAAUUUUUUUCCAAAAUAAUUAUUCGAGUAAUUCUCUAAGCUAGCCAAUGUUUAUUUUGUGAUAAUGGGAGCGCUUUAAAUGGUUCCAGAAGUUUCAAUAAGUUCUGGAAUUCCAACAAUAUACUUACCAUUAGGUUUUAUUAUUUUGGUCAGUGGAGCGAAGGAUUUCUACGAAGAUUACAAGAGAAGGAAAUCAGAUAUAGAAGAAAACAAAUAGUAGGUGACAGCAUUUGAUGGAACUAGUUUUGUGAAGAUAGCAUCGUAUAAUUUAAGAGUAGGACACAUCGUGAAGGUGCAUUAAGAUGAGAUAAUACCAGCGGAUAUGCUACUUCUGAGGUCAAGUGAGAAGAAAGGAAUUUGUUAUGUAGAAACUAAAUCAUUGGAUGGGGAAACCAAUUUAAAAUAAAAAAAUGUGCAUGCCGAUUUAUUGCAAAUAUUCAAAUCCGAUGAUUGUUUUGGUCAAUUGGACAAAAGAAUCGUGUUAAAGUACCAGGCUCCAACUCCAUACUUAUAUAAGUUCAUUGGAGAAACAACUACCUCUAGUUUCUAAGUUUCAUCGAUAAAUUUUAACAAUUUCUUAUUAAGAGGGUGCAAUUUAAGAAAUGUGAAAUAUAUAUUUGGAUUGGUAGCUUACACUGGACAUGAUACAAAGAUUAUGAUGAAUUCUUUCAAAGCAAGAACAAAGAGGAGUAAAUUAGAAGUAUUAAUGCAAAAAUUCAUAUUGAUGAUCUUCAUCAUACAAUUUAUCAUGUGUGUCAUUGCAUCUCUUGUCUAUUCCAUUUAUUAUUACAACAAUAGAAUGACAUUAACCUAUCUAUACAUAGCAGCUAAUACAUCAGAAUAUACAAUUCCAUAUAAUUUUUUUGUGAGAUUUGGAAAUUGGAUGCUGAUAUUUAAUAAUUUUGUGCCCAUUUCUUUAUUGGUUACUUUGGAAAUGGUCAAAUUCAUAUAAGGAAAGAUAAUGAGUUUAGAUGAGAAACUAAACCAACCAAGAGUGCAGACAUCAAAUCUAAAUGAGGAACUGGGCUAAAUUGAACACAUAUUCAGUGAUAAGACUGGAACUCUAACCUGUAAUAUAAUGGAAUUUAAAUAAAUUAUAAUAGGAAAUUAGAAUUAUGGAGACAUUUUAAAAAGUUCAGAAGAAUACAUAACAGAUGAUGAGUUAUAGAAUUUCCCUUUGGUCAGCAAUGUAGAUUUUAGGGACAGAAAACUAAUUGAAGCAAUUUAAGAUAAGAAUCAUGUGAUGAAUGAAAAAGUAGUGGAAUGUUUAAUGAUGAUAGCAAUUUGUCAUACUGUCAUAUCAGAAUAAAGAGAUGGAAAAUUAGUCUAUAAUGCCACAUCUCCAGAUGAAUUAGCCUUAUUAAAUUUUGCUAGGUUUGUGGGAUUUGAAUUUUUAGGCACAGAUGAAACUAAUAUCAAAAGAGUAAGUUUUUAAGAUCAAAUAAUUGAAUAUCAAUUAUUAGAGAUAUUUGAAUUUACAUCUUAGAGGAAGAGACAAUCAAUAUUGGUUUAGGUAAUAAAGACAGGGGAAAUUUAUUUAUUUUCUAAGGGUGCAGACUCGGUGUUAUUGGAUUAUGUGAGAUUGUCAAGUGAAGAGUUGGCUAAAAACGAAUACCACCAGUUGGUUCAAAGACUUGAAGAAUAUGGUAAAAUAGGUUUGAGAACUUUGGUGUUGUCAAAGAGAAAAUUAGAGAAACAAGAGUAUUAAGAAUGGCAUAAACGAUAUUAAUAAGCAACACAACUUAUAGAAAAUAGAGAAGAGAGGAUGCAGGUAUUGUAGGAUGAGUUGGAGAAGAACUAUGAAAUAUUAGGAGCAACUGCUAUAGAAGAUAAAUUAUAGUAGGAUGUGGCUGAUACAAUAGCAGCCAUUAAAGCAGCUGGCAUUAAGGUGUGGGUGUUGACAGGUGACAAAAUAGAAACUGCCAUUAAUAUCGGCUACUCUUGUUCUUUAUUAACUAAUUAAUUAGUGCAGCAUGUUGUUGAUGAAAAGGAGGAGGCGUUGAUUAAGGAAAGAUUAGAUGAUAUUUUGAAUAAGAUCGGUUCUUAAGAUUUGAACUAGAGAUAGGCAUUGAUUAUCUCUGGCGAUGCACUAUUGCAUGCAUUGAAACCAGAUAUUCAAAAAAAGGUAUCAGAGAUAGGAUAAUGUUGCGAAGUGGUAUUGUGUUGUCGUGUUAGUCCAAAACAGAAAUAGGAUGUUGUUACAUUGAUUAGAAAUCAGAAUUAAUCCUGUUCAACCUUAGCCAUUGGAGAUGGAGCCAAUGAUGUAAAUAUGAUAACAGCUGCUCAUGUUGGUGUUGGCAUUAGGGGUGUUGAAGGAUAAUAAGCAGCAAGAGCAGCUGAUUAUAGUGUAUAGGAAUUCAGAGAAUUACGAAGGUUAUUAUUUUAUCACGGCAGAGAAUGCUAUCGUAGGAAUAGUGUUUUGGUUUGUUAUACAUUUUAUAAAAAUAUUUUAGUUGUGUUACCUCAAUUUUGGUAUGGAAUUCUCUCCAUGUAUUCUGCCCAAUCUCUCUAUGACACUUUUAUUUAUCAACUAUUUAAUAUUUUGUAUGGAGCUCUCCCUAUUAUGAUAUAUGGAAUAUUUGAUGAGGAAUACGAUGCUGAUUAAUUGACUGACAACAAAAUUCAGAACUAUUAUCAACAAGGUCCCAAAGGUCUCUUAUUUAAUAUUCAAAUUGUGUUGUUUUGGAUAUUUUGUGGAUUCUGGUAAACGGCUAUUGUAUGUUUCCUUCCAACUUAUUCUAUAUCUGAAAAUUUUGUGGAUGAUAAUGGUUUCACUCAUCACCUUUGGGCCUAAGGAACCAUGAUAUUUGGAAUGGUAGUUGUGGUAUGCAAUCUUAAAAUUCUGAUAUUCUCUAACACAUACACUCCUGCCUUAUUAGGAAGUAUCUCUUUUAGUAUGAUAUCCUAUUUGCUCUCUUGGAUCAUAUUAGAUAAUUUACCAUCAGCAGAGGCCUAUGUGGUGUUUGACUCACUUUUCCAAACACCAAAUUUCCAUUUCGGGAACAUUUUGGUAAUUGCUGCAAUUUGUAGCAUUGACAUCGCAUUGAAUAUUAAACUAAACAGAGUGUUGUCUAAAGUUAACAAGAAUAUGUCGUUAAGAUUGCCAAAUCUAUCAACCAAUAUAUAGCCAUAAACAUAUAAGCCAUCUGGAUAAGUAGCUACUCAAAAACAUACUGGAUUUGCAUUCAAUUGUUUGGAUAGAGAUGAAUUAGAAAACCAAGACAAAAUGGAUUUAUAUGGUGUUAAUAAUUAUGUUGAGUCUUAUAUUGGAUGA